GCUGUGUACGGAACUCACUCGUCAGAUGUUAAUACCCGAAUGUAAAACGUUCCUAUGAUGGCAUACUCAGCCCAGACGUCUUGUCGUCCGUUCGGGAGUAACAAGUGUCCGUCACACACGGGCCAGGAAGUUUCGUGUGUGUGUAUGGACUGUGACGGCCUGGUUUGUAUGCGUUGUGUCACAUCUAAGGAGCACAAAGGUCACGUGUUUGAAGAUUUGGGAGACAUAGUGAAAGAGGAAACAGAUAAAUUGACACACACCCUCAAAAUCAACAAGGAAAACGACCUUCCCGCGAUAAUUGAAAGUAUAAGUGAUGUCGAAGAGGAAAUAGACAAAAAUAAACAGAAAAACAGUGAAAUAUCUGAUUUGAUUAAGUCUAGAGUACGCGAAAUAAAGGAAGAAGUUGACGAGCAGGCAGAUACUCUGAUUCAGGAGUGUAAAUCCUUUGAGAAGACGAAUCACAACCAACUAUUGGAAUGUCACACUACACUUACGGAACAACAACGGGAAUGCAAGGAACAAAUGGAGAAGAUCCAAAAGACACUCCAGUCUGGAACAAAGAUUGAGGUAUUUGACUCAAGAAAACUUGAUAAAACGUAUGUUGUGGGAUCACUGGAAACUCUUCACCUAGAAUCAGUUACCUACCAGCCUCGUACAUCUGUACCUGAAUUGGUCAAGCAAACACUCGGAUCAUUGGCUAAUCAGCCGACUAUAUCGGAAGAUGAAAGCAGAUCUGAGGCUACACUUUCCUUUAGAGUUGACAAUAUCAGAAAGCUGAAGGAAACUAAUCUUUAUAGCCCUCCCUCUAUGAUCAGGAAUAUACCAUGGAAAGUCUUGGUGAAACCAAGGUUUGACAGCAGCAAAAAAAAAUCACUAGGGUUUUUUGUGCAAUGCUGUGGUGAUUCUAAUUCAGAAUCAUGGUCUUGCAGUGCUUCCAUUACAUGUAAACUUCUUAACCACAAAACAAGCGGGACACACCUUAGUAGACAAAUUCAGCAUAUCUUUUGCAAAAAAGAGGAUGCCUGGGGCUAUAGUUGCUUCAUAUCCUGGAAUGAGAUGAUGGAUACCAGUCGAGGGUUUUUCAAGGAUGAAGGGAUUUCACUUGAAGUUUAUAUAAAAGCAGAUGCCCCUGAUGGUGUCAAGUAAAUUCCAAUUCAUAUGGCCUCAUAUUAUUGAAGCGAGUGAAUGCAGAUAUUGUGAUUAAUAAACGAUCUGUAUCUG